GCGUUGUUCUAGCCGCUAGCUCCUCCUGGAGAUCACACACCUAUACCAUACCACAGUUCAAGUCGGGAUCUCUGUUCGGUUUGGGGUUCGGUCGGAUCGCGUCGCAUUGGCUGGGGGAAUAUAAAUUUAUUCUGUGACUGCCACAGGAUGCUCGUUUGAUGCCCCUGCGAUCGCUGUGCUGGAUUAAAACAAAUGCGAUUUGAAGAUGCUGCACCUGCAUCGCCACUUGAACUUGCUCUGGCUCCUCUGCGCUCUACUGGGAUACUUUGCGCAUCCUGCCAGAGCCGAAAUCGAGUAUAACACCAUCAACGAGGAUGGAUCUUUUCAGUUUCGACAUGCAAAUGAUGACAUUGGCGGCUACUAUCACAGCGCCUCGGGCACUCCGGACAACACGGUGCGAGGUCGCUACGGUUCGCGGAGUCCGGCGAGCGGCCAGAUAGAGGAGACCGUCUACACGGCCGGACCACGUGGAUUUCGCGCGAAUGGACCGAAGAUUCAUCGCAAAAUGGACCUGGCCCAGUAUCCGGUUCUGCCCCGGGGAAGUCCUGAUGAUCCCCUGGCCGAUCCCUUCGACGAUCCCUCCUACAGCUUUAGUUUUCGAACUCCAGAUCAAUCGCGCAGCGAGGAGAAUGAUUCGGGCAACAGGAUAAGGGGACUCUACUCCUACUUGGACGACGUGGGCGAGCGGCACAGUGUCCGCUAUGCCGCUGGAGCCGGAACCGGUUUCGAGAUCUCCAACACUGUGCCGGACAGUCCAUCCACGGUGGCCUACUCCAGUCCCCUGUACAAAUCCCAUCCCAAGACGCGUGGCAAGAUGGCAGUGCAAAGAGGGCCGGCUGGUAGCUAUAAGCUGAUCGCGUCUGGGCCGGAUCACCGGAGGGCAGAGAGUCGCGCUCCCGAUGGCCUGGUGCGGGGCACCUACUCCUUCCUGGACGACAAGGGCGUGCAGCGGACCGUGGAGUAUAUAGCAGGAGCGGGCAUUGGCUACAGGGUGGUGCACAAUCGCAUUGGUCCCGGCACCCACAUCAAUCCUUCCGUGGCGGAUUUCCGUCUGGCUGAUCCGGAUUUCCGGCUGGCCAAUGAUUUUGGCAGGGGAGCAGGUGGUGGCUUAGGCCCCAAAGGAGGUGGGGGAGGAUCUGGUAGUUCGGGAGGAGCAGGAGGAGCAGGUGGGGUUGGAAGUGCUGCAGGCAGGGGCCGCACGUCAGGUAGACCAGGAGGCAAAGAUUACCUAAAGCCAGCUGAUAGUGGAAGACCAAGGGAUCAAGGAGAGGGUGAUGGAGCCGGGGCAGCAGAUGAUGAUCUCGGAUCCCCUGAUGAUGACCAAGGGGAUGACGUUGGAAUAAGCAGCAGUUCCUCUGGCUCCAGCAGCUUCAAUGGCAAGGAGGAUCGAAGGGGAUACCCAGCGGGAAGUUCCCAAAGGGGCAGCACUAGAUACGAUGGUGGGGGAGGUAGCUCCCAGAGAGGCGGCGGUGGUGGAGGUGGUGGCUCCACAAGGAUCAAUGCUAGUGGUUCGCGAAACAGGAACCGAUUUGGUGGUGGAGGAAGUGUCUCUGCUGAGCGGGGAGCAGGAAGGGGAGAGGCAGCAGGCGGAGGAGGCAGUCGCCGAGGUGGUGGGGGUGGCGGUGCUGCCUCCAGCGAGGGCGACUCUGGCCUGGGCUACCUGCCGCCCACAGGUGGCUCGGGCACCAGUGCCAUCAGCGGACCCGGGGACAACUACCACCUCAACGACGACGAUGUGGGCAGCUCGCUGCCUCCCCUGGUCACCGCCAACCACCGCAUCCUGGAGAUCGAUCGGGACAGGGAGUGGGUCCAAAGGCAUCGCGACUCGACGGUGAUCAAGAACGUGGGCAAAUGGUAUGUGGGUCUGCCGCCGGGCCAGAGUGUGCGCGCCCAUGUCCAGAACAUCGACAUAGUGCCCCUGGGCGGAAGGAUCGGUCUCUCGCCCUCGGAGGCACUGCGUCAGGACGAGAUCGCCGAGCUGAAUGCCUCCAGGGAGCACUGAUCGGAUGUGUAGCUCGUAGUGCGUAGCCCUAAGUGAUCAGUGUUAAGUAACCGAAUCCGAAACUGGGUUGACUUCACGUGGAAACUGUAACAGUAUUUAAAGCGGAAUACAUUUUAUGCCUGUA